GGGAGAGAGAGAGAGGGAGAGGGAGAGAGAGGGGGGGACGGGAGGGAGUCAACUGGAUCCAAGGAUGAGCUCCAAAGAAGAAGCCAAGUCUUCCUCGGGCUCCUUGCAUUCCUCCUUAGACGAGCGGAGAAGAAGUCCUCUCGAUCAGCUGCCGCCCCCGGCCAACUCCAACAAGCCCCUCACGCCGUUCAGCAUCGAGGAUAUACUGAACAAGCCGUCGGUGCGGAGGGGCUUCGCUCUGUGCGGGACGACCCAUCUCCUGACAGCGGGCGACAAGCACUCUGCCUCGGCCCUGGGUCGGCCCGGAGUCCUGUCGCAAACGUCGCCUUUGUGCGCCUUGGAAGAGCUGGCCAGCAAGACAUUCAAAGGGCUGGAAGUGAGCGUGUUGCAAGCGGCCGAGGGGUCUGUUUUAACAGGAAGGGACGGAUUGACAAUCUUCGGCCAACGCUCGACACCCAAGAAACGCAGGAAGUCGCGGACGGCUUUUACCAACCAUCAGAUAUACGAACUGGAGAAACGGUUCCUCUACCAGAAGUAUCUGUCGCCGGCGGACCGCGACCAGAUCGCUCAGCAGUUGGGCCUGACCAACGCACAAGUCAUCACUUGGUUCCAGAACCGCCGGGCCAAACUCAAGCGCGACCUGGAAGAGAUGAAGGCGGACGUGGAGUCGGCCAAGCGCCUGGGACCCAGGCAAACUGAAAAAAUGGCGGAACUCUCAGAACUGGAGAAAAGUGCGGCGGAGAUUGCGAGCAAGGGUCGCUCUCAGAGUCACAGCCCGGUCAAAAGUGCCCACACAACCCCGUCGCCGCUGGCCAACGCGCCCCCGACGCGCAAAGACUACUCCGAGGAAGACGAAGAGGAUGAGGAAGAAAUUGAAGUCGAUGACUAAUUGCCCCCUUUACUUUCUGUUUUUUGCCUCCCCCGCCCUCCUCUCUCCAGCGGCCCUGUUUUAUAUAUAACAAAAAAAAACACAACAUUCAUUGCGAGAACAAGAACAACAACAAAAAAAUAAUAAAGAGAGCUUCCUCGUCGACUUUCUACUCAACAGCUUGAAGCAUGUGUUCCAGAAACGAUCCGAUUUCUUCCUUUAAUUCUUUAGUUAGAACCAGGCGUGAUCUGAGGCAGAAAUAUCCCAGAAUAAAAAAGCAAUAAUCGGCGCUUAAGGUUCGCCAAAGUCUGGCUCAACUAUUUAAUAAUUUCCAUUUCUAUAUAUUGUAUAUAUAUUAAAAAAAAGAAGCCUUUAUGAAUAGGGAGUGGCGGAUUAUCUGGGUUCCGAGGCGCUCAGACUACUGCAGUUGAGUAUCAGUUUAAAGAUCUUGGACGUGUGGUGAUUUCCUGGAAUCCUUCUGUAGCGGCAGGGAUGUGUUUGCAUGGGCCUGGUCUGCACGGCACAGUUAUUUUUAAACAAACAAAAAAAAACACAAAAUUACUGGACUCACUUGUGACUUUCUAAAUAUUUCUCCUUUUUUGGGUCUGAUACCGAGACAAUUUAUUAUAUACAACGUGAUCAGAAAUUCUGCCUCCCCACACACAGCGACCCCAUUAAAACCUAUUUUUGUGAUUUC